CUGUGUCCCUACUGCAGUGCUGUUCGAGUCGAUUGUGAUCAAGGAUUUUUCUUUGGGUGGUUUUUACCUGGAACGUCUAUUUUGGAAUAUACAUGAAACCACUCAAAACAAAUAAGGAAAUGCGUUGUUUUUCAGAGCAAGGCUUCUAGACUCUGGGCUUUCUGGGUGAUAUAUGAAGGAGUCGGACGUGCCGAUGGAGUCCAGGGUCCCCCAUCACAUCCCGGGAGUCUCCUCCACCGUCAUGGGGCAGCCUCUCCUGGACAGCAGGGUCCCCUACGGGAGGCUCCCACACCCCCUCACCACCAUCUUCCCCAUCGACCAGAUGAAAUCGUCCCACGUGGAGAACGACUACAUCGACAGCCCCGCCGUGGUGUCCCAGCAGCCGCCCAGCCAGAAGGCGGCCAGGGGGCCCCACGAGGCCCUGCUGGGGGGGUCCCCGCACCCCCACGACGUCACCACGCACCCCUGGAUCUCCUUCAGCGGGAGGCCCGGCUCCAUCAGCAGCAGCAGCAGCACCUCCUCCGACCAGAGGCUCCUGGACCACGCGGCCCCCACCCCGGUGCUGGACCCCGCCCUGGUCCGGACCCCCGCGGGAGCCCCCGCCCCGGCCGAACUCCUGGGCUCCAAGCCCCUGGACCUCCUGAAGGCCACGGCCGCGGCCCCGGGGCCCCCGCCGGUGGCGACGGGCGCGACGGUGGCCAAGAAGCAGCAGCAGCAGCAGCAGCAGCACGCGCUCUUGUGCGAGGACUGCGGCAAGUGCAAGUGCACGGAGUGCACCCUCCCCCGAACCCUGCCCUCCUGCUGGGUGUGCAACCAGGAGUGCCUGUGCUCCGCCCAGAGCCUGGUGGACUCGGCCACCUGCAUGUGCCUGGUGAAGGGCGUCUUCUACCACUGCACCAACGAGGAAGACGAGGAGGCCUCCUGCGCCGACCGGCCCUGCUCCUGCUCCCAGGCCAACUGCUGCGCGCGCUGGGCCUUCAUGGCGGCCCUGUCGCUGGUGCUGCCCUGUCUGGUGUGCUACCUGCCCGCCACCGGCUGCGCCAAACUGUCCCAGAAAUGCUACGACAGCGCCAGUCGCCCGGGCUGCCGCUGCCGGAACUCCCAGCCCUGCAAGAGCGCCGCGGCGGGAGAGGGCAAGGCCGCCAACGGGCCGGGGAAACAGUCGUCCUGAUGCCGCCCCCGGCCGUAGCCCUGUCCGCGGGUGUGCCCCGCGCCUGGUUUAGCUCUUUCGCUUUAUUGGCUCUCUGGAGGGCGAAUCGUCCCCCUCCAUCAAAGAGAGAGGAUUUCGAACCCCCCCCCACCACCCCCCCGCCCCCCCUCGAUCACCCCCCUUCCUCGACUGGAGGACGCAAGAAACAAUGGUACUUACAGAGGAUUAAACCAGACUGUCGCCGCUUUUGGAGAACGUCAUGCCACCGCUCGACAGUGAACAAUCUACAAAAUGGUGGCCACGAAGGCUUGCUUUUUUGGCGCCAGUCUUUUAAACUGUGAAGAGACUGGUAGGAAGGAAAAGCUAAAAAAGAAAAAGAGAAAUGUAUGGCUAAAUGCACAAGUCAUCUUUCAUGUCUCCUCUUAGCCAUUUUCAGCUAUUUAUUAUCCAGCAUCCAGACCCCAACCUAUCCCUGUGUUCUUAAUUUAUACAGAAUGUUUGUUUUUGUUUUUUUAAAGAAAAAAAGUUUAAAAAAAUAAUCCUAAUUAAUGUUUUUGCUAACUGUUGUUCCCCCCCACCCCCUGUUGGGUAGCUAUUAAUAGAUAAUAAUCAAAGUAACCUUUCCAAAACGUGGAGAGGAAAUAUGUGCUGCUUUUGUAGAUUUGAAUCGCCUAUAUUACUAAAGAGACAGUGCAUGCCACCCUUUUCCCUCGACGCCCACACAUUCUCCGCUAUGCCCCCCCCAGUUCCUGUUUUCUUCACCAAAAAGCAUUCAUGUCUGACCUUUUUUAUAUACAGUGAAAAAAAGCUGGAAACAAUGUUAAGCUUCCACCUACGAGCUUGUUGUAGAGCUUUUUAAUCGAUGUGAGAAAGGGAAGGAGCGUUUGCGUGGUGGCGUAAAGCGACCGCUUGGUCCACGCCACAUCAGCCAGAUGUCAUAAGCCCAGUCUCCACCAAACAGUCGAGACUAGAGAAAUCCAUGUUUAAAACGUCCGCGAGUAUGGACUAGGCAGUCCACACCAAAGCGCAGAGUAAACAAAUAAACGACUGUUUCCAUGACGACCCGAGUUAACUGUAACGUUAAAUCACUAAUUGUUCUAAAACUCCGGGCUUAAGACUUGACAUGCUCAGUUUUCGAAACGCCAGCAGCCGAAAGUCGACGUUAUAAAACUGACAGUUCACACAGAUAAAACUUUCUUCUAAAGACGUUAUGAAACCGUAUUGUCUCGUCACGUCUAUUUGGUGGAGGCUAGGCUUUAGGAUACCUUGAAGAGGGAUACCUUCAGUAGCUAAUUGGGACUCAGCAUCCACUUUAACUCUGGUGUUAAAGGGCUAUCUGUAAAAUGCAUGUGUCAAAAAUGCCCUGCAUGAAUUUGUGGAUGACAUGGGGAAAGUCCCCGCCUAGUUGUGAGUUUGCUGUUUUACAAAAAAAGAAAAAAAGAAAAGAAGACACAACUCAGGGAUAAUUUCCUUUAAUUAUUUUGUUCUGUGUUCUCGAGAGGUGGCCUAGAUUUACCACACUUUGCACCAAGAUGGCUCCAAGUCGAAUAGAUUAUUACUAUUUGGGAAUUUAUAAUUUAAAAAAAUGUAAAGGUAAUCGGCCAAUAUUCCAUGCUUCCAAGCGGCAUGUUGUAAAGAAAGAGCCUUUGGGUAAGCGGAGGGAGAGGAAAAGAUUGCAAUAAUAAAUUGUGGUUGAUCUGGACCACCUUACUUAAAACCGACCCGGUCACUUGCACAUCCUUUAACUGAUCAAGCGAACCCCCAACGACGAAACGAAAGCACAGUUUGAAGCAGGAAGAGGGGUGCGAUGAGCGUUUUUGAGUGAAAGGCGACGGUGCUUUCUCACCAGGCCCCGGUAACGUCUCUAUGCUGCUGCUGAACUCUGUCUUUUACUGUAAAUACCUUUAUUUUUGUGUAUUUUAGUGAUUUGUAUGGUAUGCCAGAACUUUAGCCAAAGGAGAGUAGUAUGCCGCUCCUUCUAUUUCUGUCGUCGUCGUCCUUCUCCUUGGGAUCGCUUCGGUCGCGUGCACUUGACAACUGGUCAGAUGGUAAAAGCUCUUAAAGGUACGGUGUCCUUUUGCAGGGUGACUUAAAGGGAUACUUUCUCUAUAGCCCCCCACUACCCCCCCACCCCUUUAAAGAAAAACCUCCACGUGCCACCCCUGUCCUCACAUCUUGCCACCGCCCCCACAGAUAUGGUAAUUUUUGUACUUGUGAUGUUACACAAAGAAUGCAAGUGUGGGAAAAGACACUGUUCUGUCAUGAAUGUAUAAGGCAAUAUUAUUUUCCAAGUGGCUCCUUGUAGAGAUGCCUAAGGGUAGAUGCCAAAUUAAAGACGGGAGAAGGAGAAAGAGGUCCAAAUAACUAAUGUAGAAUUACAACUUGUUGCCAUCAUGUAAAAAAAAAAAUUAAAACUAUACAGGCAAGCUUUUUAUUGUAUAUAGUUUUAUGGACCUAGUAAUCCAAGCCUGACAGUGUAGUUGUAAAAUCGCAUGGUACAGUAUAAUUUCAGUGCAGUACAAAAAAUAUAUAUAUAUAUUUUUGGGGCAAGGUCACGGGCUUGAAGAAGGGGGGAUGACAGGCCUUUCUAUCACAAACAGCACUUGCUUUAGAGAAGUGUACUGGGUAAUAAAAAAAAUACCUCUUUGUUUAUUUUAUUCACGCUCCAUUACCUCGAGAGAGGCAAGGCUAAUUCCCUAGGUCCUCUGUACCUCUGAAACCAUAGAUUCACAGAAACUGUUAAACAAAUACUAUUCCAGUUCAGUCAGAACCGGCCAACUUUCAACUCCGCUUGUGCGCACAGGCACGUUUUUUUUCUUUACCAGAUACUCCGAGCCUGAUUGACAAAAUACAGCUGCUUGGCACUGGGUUUGUUAAAAGUGCAACAUCCCAGGCCAGCUCACAGAAUAGAAAGCUCUUGGUCUUCGUCCCAUCUGUAUUUUUUCUUUUCCUUUGGUUUCACACUCUUUUGCUUUACCAACACCAGGAUAGAGGGAACUUCCCACAACUGCAAACUCCAUUUGUUUUUAUGUGUUUUUUUGUUGUUGCUGUUGUUGCUGUUGUUUGUCAUUUGCCUGUAAACAACAUGAUUAAUCUCCUUUUAAAGCGAACUCAAAGAUCAACAUUCUGUUCCAAAAUGGUGUGACUAAACAUCUUCGUAGCACCUGUAGUGGGCACCAGAAUUUUAUCAGCGGGAUAGUUAACUUGUCCUAGUUAACCCUUCCAGAUAGCUGGCUUGUACUAUUCUAUUUCUUGCCUUUGCAAUUUCAAUGUUCAGAAAAGAAGCUAUCUGCCUUUGUCUUGUUUUAGGAAAAAAAAGAAAAAAAUCUCACAUACAGUAUGUUUCCCUUUAGAGAUAUAUUUAUUUUGAAGUUCUAUUUUAUAUAGUAUUUAUUUUAGAUGCCUUUUGUUGUUUGUGAAGAAAAAUUUAAAAAAGCUUAUGUCAAAAACGGAAUGUACAUUGAAAUUAGAAAUAUAUAUUGUUAAAUAUGACAA